AUGCUGCUAGGCGAAUUCGAUCAACUCGCGAAAACUUGGCUGCUUCGAUAUCUGAAGGACAGGCCUACCUACCUUGACUUCCUGUCUCGACUCAGCCCAGAGGACCACGUCAAGAUCAUGCAAAACAGAGAUGAAUUCAUCCGCAUUUGCAUCUUCAAAGAAAAUGAUUGCAGAAAGUAUUUCUUGCCGUUCCUGAACACGACGUAUACUACCAACGACGAACAACUCCGAGAGCUUACAGCCCCUGACACCUAUACGUACCUCGGUGUGGAAGAGAACUCUUCCGUAGCUGUCAAACGCACAAAGCAGAGACUGACGACAGAAUACAAACGCAGAGUUGGCACGGCCAGCAUCCUUCGCCGCGUCCUUCAGAAUUAA